UGUGUUAUCUAUUGGACCGCGGGAUUUUUCUUUUGUAAAUUUCUGAGAGUUUCACUUUGCUUCUUCAUUCAUAUCUUUUGCUUUGACUUCACCAAAAUCCCCACAAGGUUUGAGCUUUUACCGUCAAACUCACCUGAAGCAGCAGUUGGAGUAAUGGGUUUGAAUCUCAACCCAAUUUUGCGACAAGAACUGGCUAAUCUUGACAAAGACACAGAGAGCCGUAAAUCAGCAAUGAAAGCUCUUAAAUCUUAUGUCAAGGACUUGGAUUCAAAGGCUAUUCCCAGUUUCUUAGCACAGGUUUUCGAGACUAAAGAAACCAACUCUUUGUCUGGUGAAUACACGAUUUCGCUCUAUGAAAUCCUUGCGCGUGUUCACGGACCAAACAUUGUCCCCCAGAUUGAUAUUAUCAUGUCCACCAUUGUCAAGACUUUAGCUUCAAGUGCUGGCUCUUUCCCUCUCCAACAAGCGUGUUCCAAAGUCAUUCCGGCUAUAGCGAGAUACGGGAUUGACCCGACAACCGCAGAAGACAAGAAACGAUUCAUCAUCCACUCUCUGUGUAAGCCUCUUUCGGAUUCUCUCUUGGGUUCUCAAGAGAGCCUCACUUCUGGCUCUGCAUUGUGUCUGAAGGCUCUUGUGGAUUGUGACAACUGGCGUUUUGCUUCGGAUGAGAUGGUGAACAGGGUCUGUCAAAACGUGGUCGUUGCGUUGGACUCAAACUCGAACCAAACACAUCUUCAAAUGGGUCUGGUUAUGUCACUUGCUAAGCAUAACCCUUUGAUUGUUGAAGCCUAUGCAAGGCUGCUGAUACACACUGGACUGAGAAUUCUUGGAUUUGGCUUCUCAGAAGGAAACUCGCAGAAAAGAUUAUCAGCAGUCCAGAUGUUGAAUUUCCUAAUGAAGUGCUUGGACUCGAGAAGCAUAUACUCUGAAGUUGAUUUGAUAAUCAAGGAAAUGGAGAGGUGCCAAUCUGAUCAAAUGGCUUAUGUUAGAGGAGCUGCUUAUGAAGCAAUGAUGACUUCGAAAAGAAUAGCAGGAGAGCUCGAGUCAAAGAUGGAGAAAGGUUGUCGUUCAGUUACUGGUUCGAAUUUCAAUCGAAGAAACUGUCCUUCCAUUGUUAAUGCUCAUUCUCCUGAUGAUUCUUUAUCACCAGAAUCACAGACUCUUGGAGGCUCGUUUAGCGGAUAUGACUCUCCGCUUGAGUCCUCACCUAUUUCUCGUGCUUCUUGUAACUCUGAAUUGGAUCAGCGGAGUGUGAAUCGCAAACUUUGGAGACCUAAAGGAGGAGUUGAUAUCUCUUUAAAGGAUGGUCUUUUCUCUGGAGACACCACUGUGUCUGAUUCACCUCUUGUCCCUUAUGAUCGUUGUGAAGAUGGAGAUAAUGGCAGCGAUGAAUUCGAAGGGUUUCUAAUGGGAAGUUUGAGUCGAAACAGGCGGCUGCAACACACCACUCCUACAAGUCCACAGAGACAGUGUUGUUCACGCAUCAAUGCUGAAGAUUUCAACAUCUAUAGCACCCCAAGGAAGCUAAUCAGCUCUCUUCAGUAUCCUGAUGAUCUGGACUUGGAUCAUUCAGACUUUCAAAGUCCAAUGCGAUCUCGCCAAAACACUAAACUCAGAAAGCAGUUUCCAACCGUGGCGGCGGAAACAAUGUCAUCAUCAACUGUCAUAUAUGGUGAAGAAACAACACUUCAAACACAGAUGAUUAUGGGUAAGAAGAAGAAGAAGAAGAUGAGCUAUGUCAAACUCAUUCUUGCGAUAUCAUUUGUUGCGUUGGUGCUAUUUGCAAGUGUGAUGAUGUUGAUGGAGUAUCAAGAUGAUGAUGUUGGUUACUACAGUGUUCCAACAUGAUGAUGAUUCUCCUCUCUUUCAGUGGUAAGUUUAAUCCUAGUGUAGUAGAGAGAAGGUUAUUUUAGUUAUCCAAUUUACAAGUUGGUUGUCUGUAAUGUAAUUGGUACAAGAUGUAGAAUCUUCUUCUUCUACUUGUUGUUCUCAUUUUGUUUCU